AGUUGAUCAAAAGUGGGAAAUCCAACGAGAAAGAUUGAAGUUACACAAGCCUGUUGGACAGGGUUAUUUUGGUAGAGUUUAUGAAGGAGAGCUAACUGGCGUUGGUAAAGAUAAAAAAGAUACUAUGGCAGUUGCUAUUAAAAUGUUAAACGAUCCAUCUAAUGACUCUAAAAGGACUGAUCUUGUCUCAGAAAUGGAAGUUAUGAAACGGAUCGGCAAACAUUUGAACAUAGUCAAUCUAAUCGGAUGUUGUACUCGAAAUGGACCUCUUUAUGUAAUCAUGGAAUAUGCAACUAGUGGUAACUUGCGCGACUUUCUUCAAUCUCAUAGACCUGACGCAGUUAAUUUCGACAACGAUAAGCAACUUUAUCCAAAAGAUUUCCUUUCAUUUGCACUCCAGAUUGCUCAAGGAAUGGAGUAUUUGGCAUCUAAAGGAUGCGUUCAUCGUGAUCUUGCUGCUCGUAACAUUUUGGUUGCUGAGGAUAAUAUUAUGAAAAUUGCUGACUUUGGUCUGGCUCGAAUUCUUCAAUCUGUUGACUAUUACCGGAAAACCACUGAAGGUGUAAUACCAGUGCGAUGGAUGGCUCCUGAAGCAAUUUAUCAAAUUUAUUCCAGUUCCAGUGAUGUUUGGUCUUUCGGAGUACUUCUUUGGGAAAUAUUCACUCUCGGAUUAUUACCAUAUCAAGAGGUUGACCAAAGUAACCUUUACACUUUGCAAGCAGGCCAUAGACUUGAACAGCCAUCAAAGUGCCCUAAUCAAGUUUACAAGUUGAUGAGACGAUGCUGGAGAUUUAACUCAUGGGAGAGACCGAAAUUUUCUUAUUUAGUCAAGGAACUGGAUGAUAUUUCAAUAAUCGACAUUCUCUAA